AUGGAGGCCAACUGUCUGAUUUCAGCGAUACGGAAAUCGGAUUUUGUUACCCUGCACACGUACGGGCCGCGUCAAAACCGAGGCUUCUCCCCGUUGGAUCAUCUCAUGUUAUAUAAUGUGCCUGAAAAUGCUCGCCAUAUAGGAGUCCCCGAUGUUCUUCGAACGCAACUCAAUCUCUUUUCUGGGCAACUAUAUCUUGAAUCAUAUGUCGAUUACAAGAAUCUUUGCGAAUUUCUUGGUGUGGCGUCCACGAAAACCCCUGAAGGUCUUGUUGUUGCAGCGGAUGGUUUCAUCAAGCAAGGCAGCGCGGGGGCAAAAUCGACUUUCCGUGAAAGCCCGCUCAAGUUCCUCGCAAUGCUCAUGUCGCAGAUCAGGAAAGACUGCCAAGAGAUUGGAAGGACGCAUAUUGGUCGACUAUUAAGUGGCCAAUUAUUGAAUGUAUCCGAUUUCUCAGUUACCGAACCACUAACCACAGAGCUAGCCUUUCAAUCACUGAAACGUUGA